AUGUCCCUCUCGCGCAGUCCGUCACCCAUCCCGGGUGGAGGGUGGGCGAGUCCCGGGCUCAACAUCAACAGCGGACGGACGAGCCCAGCCCACAUCACGGGCGGACCGACAGCUUGGGAGUCAGCCAAGAUGAGGAACCACAAUGUCAACGGAUACCCGUCGUUUUCGACGCAGAACUCGGGCUUCUUUGUCCGUCACAUGCGUAAAAUAUCCAGCAACCUGCCUCGACUCGGCGCAGACUCACCAUAUGCACAAAAGGACAAGCUGGGGCGCGGGUCUUGGGAACCACGGAAUAUGUCCAUGCUCGGCCGGUUGCGAUCUGUGUUUAGACGCAUGGGGAGGAAGCUCAAGCUGCGCCUGCUGAUCGCGACAAUCGUCUUCAUCUGUCUCUUAAUAUUUUACAAUUCCCCCUUGCUGUACUACUGGCGCAAAUCGUCCAUGGGCGGGAACGGCGAGAAGUUUGUCAUCAUCCUGGGCGCAAAUCCGGGCGGCGGCGUCAUGGAGUGGAAGGGGGCGCGCGAAUGGGCUAUUGAGCGGGACAGCGUGCGGAACAAGAAGAAGUACACCCGGCGAUGGGGCUACGAGCUGGAGAUUGUCGACAUGAGCACCAAGAAGCGCUACGCGCACGAGUGGCGCGAGAGCUGGGAAAAGGUCGAUUUCAUGCGCACGACGAUGCGCAAGUAUCCAAACGCGGAGUGGUUCUGGUGGAUGGACCUGAACACGUACAUUAUGGAGCUCUCGUUCCCGUUGCAGGAGCACCUCCUGCACAACUUGGAGGACAAGAUCUACCGCGACAUCAACGAGUGGAACCCCCUCAACAUCUCGCAUCCGUUCACCGAUCCCUAUCUCGACGAGACCGCGCUGAGCCCUGUGGGUGACGGGAAAGCGGACUCUGUCAACCUGCUCAUCACCCAGGACUGUGCCGGCUUCAACCUGGGAUCGUUCCUCCUCCGCCGGAGUGCGUGGACCGACCGGCUCCUUGACAUCUGGUGGGACCCCGUGCUCUACGAGCAGAAGCACAUGGAGUGGGACCACAAGGAGCAGGACGCGCUGGAGAGGAUGUACGAGAGCCACCCAUGGGUGCGGCAGCACACGGGCUUCCUGCCGCAGCGCAUGAUCAAUGCGUUCCCGCCGGCGGCGUGCAGCGACGGGACGAAGAAGAACAACACGCGCUUCCACUACAACGAGCACGACCACGACUUUGUGGUGAACAUGGCCGGCUGCGAGUGGGGGCGCGACUGCUGGGGCGAGAUGUACCACUACCGCGAGUUUGGGUACUGGCUCAACCGCAACCCGUGGGAGCGCUUCAAGGAGGACCUCGUCGCCGAGAUCUGGUACAAGAUCACGGGGCAGCGCGUCAAGCUGUGA